UGCUCCUGGUGAGCCGGCGGAUUUUCUCCCAUGUCUCCUUGGGCCUGGCCUCUGCUCCCCCGACUUUCGCCAGACGCACGUCUUUACGUCCGCCUGCUCCGGGGAGUGGGCUUGGUGCACUCAGGGGGUGGGUGGCAGCUGUGGCUGCAGCAGCGGCGCUGAGGGUAGGGGGGCUGCCCCAGAGAGGUGGUCAUUUUGCUUCCAAAUCCACAACGACCUGGCCUCCAGGCAGCCUCUUUUGCCCCAAGUUCACCGGAGGCACGUCUCCAGGCGGUGGCAGGAGCGCGGGUGUCGGAGACCCACCCCUCCCCCGCGGCAGCCCGCCCCUGCGCGCGAGAGAGCGCGGGAGCCCAAGACGGGGCCCGCGAGCGCUGGAGACGGCAGAGGCGCUGGCCUCCCAGGCCCUGCUCUCUUCGCUCUGAGUGGAACUGGACCCAGAGUUCAAGCCCCAGUGCCAAGCGUGCUCCUGUAGGUGGUCACUGGUGAGGCCAGAUCUCCAUGGGAACCGGGCCAAGACCUUGGGGAUGUCGCCACUGACCCCCUGAUCCGGGAGGAGUAGGACCAGGAGGACAGCGGUGGUCGGGAAGGCUGGGCCAUGGCGAUCCACUGCGGCAGGGCCGGAGCACUGGACUCUGGAUUGCUUUUUGAGGACUCAGCCUGGCCAGGCUGCUGGCUCGUGGAGGGCAGGACCCCAGGCCCGGACCAGCCACUGCAGCAGGUGCACUGAGCACGGGGAACACAGCUGCCUCAUUCCAGCAAGAAAAUGUUGGGUAGCUGGUUCUUCCCUGUAAGACCCACCUGGCGCUCUCGGCCCUCUAAGCAGGAGAUGGAGUUGCUGCGGAUCACUGCUUGCCCCUAGAUACUCCUGUUUCAGAACUUUCCAGGGCUAUAAGAAACUGGCUGAGAAUAAAGAAACUGAAUUUGUUAACCCUUUACCCCUUAAGAUGAAUCCAAAUGUUAUGUCUCAAGAAACAAAAAAUGUGAACUAAUUUUUGGACAAAAAUGAAGAGCAUACAGUUUUACAAUAGUCAACAAAUGAAGGCACAGAAAAUAACUGUUCAAGAGUAAAUACUGUGGAAGAACAAAUAGAUUAAAUGUACUUUGAUAUUUUGAAGAAAAAAAAUCUCUUGGUCCUUGAUUAUUACCCCAGGAUGACAAAAUACAUAAGACUUCUAGAUCUCGACUGAGUUCUGGAGAAGCAGGGGCUGGGACUGGUACACAGCCAUCACAUGGGAAGGCCAGAAGUGCCCCUCCUUUGUUUAAAAGAACACCCCAGAGUGGAUUCUAUGCAUCAGUGAGGAGCUCAGGCUAUGGUGAAACCCAGUUAACCAUUCAAGACAUUUUCUACUCUUGAAAAGAGAACUUCAAAGAACAUUAUGAAAAGCAAAAACUAGAGAUCCAUCCCUGCCUCAAAUCUAGCUGGGAAAAAAGAUAAACUAACUCCCAACAUUUCUGAAGUUUACUUUAUCCAAAUUGAUUCAUAUGUGUUUUUGGGCACCGACCUGGGUCUAAGCACUGUUGGACGCCCUCCAGGUACGUUGGUAAACAAGGCAAUGCCACCUCCCCUCCCCCAUCUCAUGGAGCUGUCAUCUGAUGAGGAGGGACAGACACUUAACAACGAGCAUACAAAUCAGUAAAUGAUGUUACAUGCUAAGGAGAAAUAGAAAGCAGAGCAAGAGUGUCAGUGGAGUCCAGCAGGUCACCACUUGGAAUAAGAUAGGGUUGGCCUCGGUGAGAGAGCCCUUUGAAUGAAGACUUGUAGGAGGAAUUGGGAUUGGCUGUGUGGGUGUGUGUGGAAGCAUAUUCCAGAAAAAUGAAACAGUCAGUGCAAAAGUCCCAAAGAGGGAGGAAUGCCUGGCAUUUUGGGGGUCAACAUAGAAGCCCACAUGGCUGGGGCAGAGUGAGCAGAAAGGAGAGGGGGAGGGGAGAUCGGGCAUCACAGGGACAGGCAUGGUCGGCUUUUCUAGGGCAUUAAGCAGCCUUGGGCUUUCACUCAGUGUGGAAAGGUGAGCGCCUGGGAAGUUGUGAGCAUGGCAGUGACUUCACCUGAUGCAUCCUUUAGACAGAUUCCUCAGGCUGAUGCCAUUGACCAUAUGCUCACAAAUAUAGACCCACACCAUAGGGGCACAGGAAGAAGCACAGAGACCAGUUAAAAGGGAAUUUGAGGAAUCCAGGCUGGGAGUGAUGGGGCCCGAUCCAGGGUGGUGGCAGUGGUGGUAAUGAGAAGCAGUUGGAUGGGGAUGUAUUUAGAAGAUAGAGUCAAAAGUCUAAAAGAGUUCUUUGGCGUUGUGAGAGAGGCGUCAUGAGUGAUGGCAGGGUAUGUGGCUUGAGCAGCUGGAAGAAUGCGGUUCCUCUCCAGCUGGGAUGGAGCGGGAGGCAGAGUGGGCUUGGGGGUGGAGAGAGGACCAGGAGUUGAGCUGCUGAGAUGCUAACUUUGAGAUGCCUAUUCUGUGUGCAAGUGGAGAUGGCAAGGAGGUGGUUAGAUGGGAGUCUAGGGUUGAGAGGGAGGUGUGGACUGUAGGUAUCAAAUGUUGUUAAAAAUGAAUAUUUUUGAAGCCAUGGGAUUUUUUUUAAUUGCAAUGUAAUGGAUUUACAGUAUUGGGUUAGUUUCAGGAGUACAGCAAAAUGAAUCAGUUUUUUUGCAGAUUAUAUUCCGUUACAGGUUAUUACAAGACAUUGGGUAGAGUUCCCUGUGCUGUACAGUAAGUCCUUGUCGCUUAACUAUUUUAUGUACAGUAGUUUGUGUCCAUUAAUCCUGUACCUUUAAUUUGUCCUCCCCCCACCUCCCCUUGUUAACCACAAGUUUCUUUUCUGUCUGUGAGUCUUUCUGUUUUCAUAUAUGUUCAUUUGUAUUAUUUUUGAGACUCCUCAAGCAAGUGAUCUAUAGUAUUUGUUUUUCUCCAUCUGACUUACUUCAUUAGAUGUAAUAUUCUCUGAGACUUGACAAAGAUUAUCAAGGGAGUGGGGAGGGUAUAUCUCAUAUGGUACAGUGUAUGCUUAGCAUGCACGAGAUCCUGGGUUCAAUCCCCAGUAUCUCCAUUUAAAAAAAAAAAAAAAGAAGAAGAAGUUAAAUAAGUAAAUAUAUCUAAUUAUCUCCCUACCCUCCCAAAACAAACUAAAAAAAAAAAAAAAAAAAAAAAAAAAAGAUUAUCAAGGGAGCAUAUCUGGAGAGAAAAAGCAAACCCAAGGCCUGAGCCUGGGGCAUGCUGACCUAAAGAGGGAGAGGAGUAACCUGCAAGGACAGAGCAAGGUUGAGGCAACCUGAGCAUGUGCAUUCCUGAAGACACGUGGAGAGAGUAUAUAGAGGAGAGUAGAUCUGUGUCUGCUGCUGCUGAGAGAGAAUGAGGACUGACAGCUGACCUUGGAGUUUAGCAGGAAGGAGGCUGUCUGCAUUGGACACGCAGUUUCCAUGGGCAACUGUGGCUGUGAAAGGCAAACUGAGUGGGAACAGGAGAAGUGGAAUUGGCUACUUCAAGGUGUAGACCCUCUGGAGGAAAGGGUGUAAAAGGUGGGGGGGGCAGUAGCUGGCAGGAGGGUGGAGUUGGGAAGCUUUUUCAUUUGCCUUGUUUUGAAUUUAAUGAGAGAAAUCGUGGUAUGAAUGAACAAUAGAAUGUGCUUUUUGGAAAGAUGCAGUAGCUGGGAAGAAGUGCAUGAUGAGAGGAGUCGUAGAGCAGAGUCCUCGAGUGGAGGGGCUGUAAUUGGGUCCAGGGCACAGUGGGAGGGUUGGCUUCAGGUGGGAACAUGGACAGUUCAUCUGUGGAAAGGCAGAAAGGAGGAGGGGAGGGGUGGGUGUGGGUACUGGUAGGGGUAGAAGUGGUGAGAGAUGGGGAUGAUUUCCUCUGGUUGCCUCCACUUCCUCUGAGAAGUAAAAUGUGCUGUGAUGAGGCAGCAGUGAGGAUGGGGCCAGGGUGCUGGAGGGGAGCAGGUGUGGGGGGGCUCUCCUGGAGGGCUGGGCUCCCAGCAGCAGGGAGUCUGCUCCGGGUUGGUGACCGUGCAUGUGAGCUGGGAGCAGGCAGGCAGAGGUGUGUGUGUAUCUAUGUGUGCACAGCCACUUUCUCCCACACAGCUACAGGUGUUGGUAGUUGUGUAGUUGGAUUUACCAAGAGGAGUGGUUUUUGCCCAAUGAGUACAGCGGACUGAGAGAGGAGCAGGAAGUAGCUGCCCAUGUGUCUGGGAUGUAAGUGGAGUCAUGAAGGAAGAAGAGACAUCAGGGGUGUGGACAGUGUGAGACACGCAGGAUCAACAGAGUGAGUCCCGGGGGCCCGAGGGCUGUGGGCAUCCAGGUGCCAGGGGGCAUGCCUGGUGGGGGUAGGACUGCCAGAGGGUAAAUGCCUAAGACUGAGAUGUGGGCACGGUUGUGUUACUGGCAACAGAAAAAGACCUGGAAAGCCCGUGGGAGAGAGCAGCUGGGGCAGAGAGAUGUGCACAGGGAAGGAGUUGAAGGGUCUCUGGUGAGCAGUUGGAAAUUAAUAAGAGUGAAGCCAGACGUCAGGUCACAGUCGAUGGAAAUGAGGGGGAUGGCAUAGAGAUUGAUAGGUGAAGGCAACAAUAUUUUUAUGAACAUUUUCCCUGAUUUCAAAAUUUCAUAGUGUUUGCUAAUGCCAAAAUAAAUAAAAACAUGUCACUAAAAUUCAUAUUUAUUUAAAUACAAUGGCAAACUGUGAUUUUCUGUUUUUGUACUGAUCUACUUUUUCUCAUUAGAGUCUCUGUUAAGUAUGAUUUUUUUAAAAAUCUCUCUUUUUGUUGGAAAAUUGCCAGAGUGAUUUUAGUUUUAUUACAAAGAACUGGAAUUCCUUGGGGGUGGUUGUUACUUGUCACAGGUUGGGUGCCAGAGAAGCAGCCUCUGAGCCAGAGGCGCAUGUACCAAAAGUCUAGAGACUGCUUGGCAUCAGCCCUGGUUCCCAGGGAGCAGCCCCUCAUUACUGGGGCUGACACAGUUCGAAGGCUUCUCUUUUUCACAUAACCAGGAAGCCUGGGCCAGCUUAUUCAGAGCUGGUGCAACUGUGCCAGGAACCAGACCCCUUCUUUCCUGCUGCAAAAUCCCUAGUCUGUGACUUCAGUCUUCUUUGUCACAAGAUGGCUGCACAACCUCCAGCCCUGUCAUGAGGAAGAGGGCGAAGGGUAAAAGGUGCACACCCGUUAACUCAGCAGCUUAAUCAGAGAAGUAGUCGCUGUCCUGGAAGCCCCAUGUUGGGAAUUUUUGCUUUCAUCUUACUGGUCAGAACUUUGAUCCUGUGCCCCUGCCCCCCACCCAACCCCAGGUGCAUGGAGUCCAGGGAGAGGGGUGUUUUUAACUGGCACAUUGCCACCCUGGGCAAAAUUUUAGUGGGGAGGAAGGGGAGGUUGGCAGCUAGCAGUGUCUGCCAUGUGGUGAUUUUCCUUUUUAUUCUAAAUUAAUUUUCUUUGACUGUCGACUCUUGUGCUUUUAUUUUUAGAUUAGUAUGUUUAUUGUCACAAAAGGAAUAUUUGCUCAUUAUUUAAAUUCAAAAAUACAGAAAAGUAAAAAGGAAGCAAUAAUUUAGCCAGAAACAGCUGGUGUCACAGUGGGUGAGCCUCAUUCCAUGCCUCUCAUGUGUGUGUCCUGCAGAUGGAAGGAAGCAGGGAUGAGAGCUGGAAGGGAGGAGACAGGCAGGCACGUGGACAAAGAAAAGUGGAAGAAGCAUUUUAUAAGAACAGAUCACACUUUAUCAGUUCUUUUCAUUAAAACAUUAGGUUUCAUUUUACUUAAAUCUGUAAGAGAAAAAGAAACUUCAUCCUGAGAAAUGUUACAUCCCAAAAGGUCCCUUCACGAACAUAGAUUAUGAAAACGUGUGAAAGACUGCCAAAGCUGUAUUGUUAUUUUUAAUUGCUUUUUCCAGUUUUAUACACGAUCAAUUUUCCCUUCUAUUAAAUAUGUAGUAAAACUCUUACAUCCCCAACUUGCAUGACUCCUACCCAUUUUUGUUGGUUUUAUUUUUUAAUAAGUAUAUUAUUUAUAACUUUAUUUUAUAUACUAUAUAUAAUGUAUGUGUCAUAUCAUUAUAUAUAUUUACAUAUGAUUAUAUUAUUUAUAAUUAAUAUAUUUAUUAUAUUCUCUCCAGCAGCUGUAAUUCCCUUAAGCAUUUGAAAGUGGAUCUUGGUUCUGGUUAUUACAGAGCCAGAACGCUUUUCACCAGUCCAUUAGCCAUUGCUCCUCCAUUCUGGAAUUAUUUUGAUUGCCUUAUAAUUUGACUGAAUUUUUUUAAUCCAUUGUUUUUUUAAGAAGGGCUCAGAAGUCCCAAAUUCUGCAGUGUUUUCAUGUUUGAAUUUCCUAUCUAAGCAACUUUUCUUUCCUGUAUAAAAGGAAAAGAUACUGUCCAUGUAUUAUUACUGAAAAAUAACAACUUAUCGAGAAAUCAAAAUGAAGAACUCAGGAAGGGAGAAUUCUGGUGUAAAAGCACUGGCUGACUGCAGCUGGAGCAAGAACCACCCGCCACACUCCCGCUGCCCCGUCCUGGGGAGAAUCACAGUGCUGGCGGGUCUGACCCCUUCACUGGCCAUGUUACUGGUCCUCCAGUGACUUGGAGGGAUUAAUGGCCUGAUUUUACAAUGACUCAAACAAAUCCUUUAUGAAUGCUUUAAGAGGUUUCUACAGAAAACCUUCUACAUCAAACUGUCCAGUUAAAUGUGAUUACUACUCUAUAAGGAAAAAACCUGGAAAAGACUUGAAGGAAAUCUUGGGAUGAGGUACUUUUGGGGACUUGUUUCUUCUUUUGACUUUUCUGUAGUUUCCAAAUCUUUAAGAACCACAUUUCACUUUUAAUGAAAGAAGUAAACUUUGCAUUUAAAAAGUUAACACCCUAAAGAAAUUAUAUUAAAAAUAUAAAAUUUUAAUUCUUCACUUACCUCGAAGGCAGUCAGGGAAACGUUCCCUAGGAGUCAGUUCAGGACCUGCAGGGUCUGAGUACAGGCCUCCGGAUCUCUUCUAGGGAGUUCCCUGAAACUUUAUUUUUGUAUUAUUAACUGAAUAAUUAUUGGCCUUAGAACUAUUUCUGCUGUUUGGGGAUUUAUGAGGUAACUUAAAAGCCAAAAAUUUGACCAAAAUAUACAUGAAUAACAUUUUUUCUAAUGUGAUGUAUGAUAUCACAGUAUUAGAGCAGGAUUAUCAUUUAUUUCUUUAAUCAGACUUAAACUAGUUGUUAUACUUUCCAUGCAAUUUAUAUUAUUCCAGUGAUAUUAUACCUUGAUAUACUUUAUAUAGAAAAAUGUUCUUUAAAGCCCACUUAAUCUGAACUAAAAUGCUUCAUAGAGUUAUCAGCUGCUCUUUGAUUCCUCUUUUAGAUAUUUUUAGUUAUUUCUGUGAACAUUUAAAAGAGUAAUUUAUUUAAAAGUGACAAAACCUGAAAUUAUCCCGAUCCACAUUCUCCUCACAUGUAUUUAGCUCCAUGUGUCAUUGGACAUGAGCUUUGGGUCAGUCGGCCUCCAUGUCAGAUGGAUUAGAGGCCGAUUCUGGGCAGGGGUCCCAUGUGCCGGGGGACGGCUGUGUGAGGGCGCUUGUUAUGCAGCUGCCUGCUGUGAGAUCCUCACUUGUCUCAGCGCUCCCGUUGUGUUAGUGCUUCUUGUUACAUAAUUGCCAAAUGCACAUUCAGCAUAGUUUGUAUUUGUGGUGCUUUUAUCCAUUGUUUAUGACAUUUAGGAAUAUCUGGAGUGGGAGUCACCAAGCCCGCAGCUCCAGCUUCCCACGGGGAAAGCAGCAUGGCUCCCUGAGAAGUCUGAGGGCCCCUCAGAAACUGAUGCCUGUGUUCGGUUUCUGAAUCUAGAUGUUGAAUUUCACAGUAAUAUUCAUAAUGGUUGUAUGGUCUAUAAUUAUAUGUUAAAAUUAAAUUAUAAAUAAUUAAAUUUCUUCUGCACUGAGUGAUACUGCACUCACUCACUCUUACUGAACAUUUAUGGAUUUUCUUGUGUAGUAGAACAUUGUUAACCAUGUCAUUUUCAUUUGUGUUUUUUUUUUUUCCCUAACCACUGUGUUCAAAUCUAAUAUAUAAUACUCCACACCAAAGUGAUGCUUUUCCUUAAAAGGAUUCUUCAGGAUACAGUGGUGGGAACAAGGAAGCAAAACUGACUAUGUUUGAAAGAGUUCAGGAAGCAGAGGGAAAAUGCAGAGGGGCACAGGCCCUUGGGGAGUGGAUUACAGUCACAUUCUCAGAAAAAGAGCGAGAGCUCUGGAAGAUAAGAUGGAGGAACUACAGAGACAGCAGGAGGAGGAACUAUUCCAACUGAGUCAAGACAAUUAUAUUCUUCGAGCCAAGGUACUAGACACAUUGUCCUACUUUUCCUUUUAUUUAUGGGAAAAGAGCUAGUACUCCCUGCUAAAUGCACUGUCACCCUCUGUCCCUGUGGCUCUUUGACUUGGUGCAUUUGCUGCCAGUGAAUUGGUUCCUGAGAGUGCCUCCUAACAGAAGAACCUAAAUCAAGCCCCUGGGGAAAAAUCAGAAUUUAAAUUGGCUCAUAUUGAUCCUUCUCUUGUUAGCAGUCCUUUUUGAAAAUAAAUCCCUUAGUUCAUGGUGGUGACCUUCAAGGAAGACAGAGUUUCAGAAAGGUUGCUGUAGAAGGGCUAAGUUCAGAGAAUGACACUGUGUAGCAUUUCUGAGUUAAUUCCGUCCUCAGAACCAUCAGCACAAAACAUCCUGUAAUGAAUUAACUGUCGCUGGUGUUAAACUAAUUCCAGUGUGAUUACAAGACAGUUCUAGGUCUGUACACCUUGUGUUUUCUUUUAUAUUUCCUCACUUCAUCAUUUCCUUUCCCAAAUAAAAUAAUUUCUGCAUUUUCUUAGUGAAGUAGCUUUGAAGAGUCAAACAAGAAACAAAGGUAGGUUGCCUUUUGAGGAAACAUUGGCUUCUGCCACUGAGGAAAAAUUAAAGCAAAUCAAAAAAAAAGAAAUAGGAACAAGAGACAUUUGUUCAGGGAUGUCAACAGGUAGGGUUCUUCAGCACAUAAUGAGUUUGCUAUGAGAUCCUUUGGUUUUCAGAAUAAGGCGUUUAAAAAUAUUUGUGUCCAUGUAACAGGUAAUGGGAAUUCUGGCCGACUCCUGGGACCGAGGCUCCUGGCCUGGGAGAGGGGGCAGCCAUCAGAUGUCUGGAGUGUGAGUGUGUGUGCAUGUCCGUGUGUGGGAGCCUGCCUGAGAUUGGGCGAGCACAUGGAGAUGCUCAGGCGGUUCAAGGUGAUGCUGAGGGUCCCGGAAGACUGACCAUUGCCAUCCUCUCCCUGGACCCUUUUUGGGGCCCGGGUGUUCAUAAAAUAUUAACAGCCCAUUUGUGAAAGGGGUGGACCCCAAGUGGGUGGGCAGAGGUAUGUAAGACAAUCAUCCAGUGUGGGUCGGGUGCAUCUUGGGCUGGCAAAUAACCUGCCACGGAGCAAAAUAAGGGAAACCCUGGCAGAGGAGCUCCCCAACCCAGGAGAAGUGGGGGUGUGGGGUGGGGGGAAGGGCAACCGGCCUAGAGCCAGACCCAGACCCUGUCUUCUCACGCAUGUUUCCAGAGCCUGGAUGAACUAAGGCAGGUGCUCUGUGGGAGAGGGAUUGAGGUUGGGCUCUGAAAAUUCGGGGAUCUGUUGUGCAGACAAGAGAGAGGAGGUGGGAAGAGGACAUUCUAGCCUGAAGGAACAGGAGCAAAAGCCAAGAGACGAGGGUAGUAGGGUCACCCCUAAGUGGCAAGAGUGUGGGGUCCACGGAGGGGUGGACAGUUGGUUGGGGUCAGUGUGUGUGGGGCUCUGUCCAUGAGACCCAGUGUCUGGGCUUAAUUUGUGGGCACCAGGGAGCAGCUGUGCUGUUUGAGGGUUGCAGUGGCCAGAGGAGUGUUUCAGGCCAGUGGGGCCCCCUCUCCUGCCUUGUGCGGGAGGCUGGAUGCCAUGUGGUCCUAAGAUUCUGGAGUCUGCAUCUCUUUGAGUCUGCCCAUUGCUAUUUUAAGUUCAAAGACUUGCCUGAUUGGGACCCCUCCCUCCAGAGGCAUCCUGAGAUCCGUUUCUGUGAGAGGCAAGACCUCGCUCAGCUUCCUCUCCUCAACUCCAGUCCUGGAGGACACGUUCCCAUCAGAGAGUCUCGGGGGACAGCGCCCCCUUGGAGCUGAGGGAGGACCUGGGUCCUUCAUCUAUAGCCACGUUUUCCAAAAGAAACCACAUGAGAGCUCACGAAGGCACAGUAGAAAAAGUAAAAAGAAAGGUGAAAUGAAUUCUAAGGCUAUAUUGUGUUUAACUCAAUGUAUCUAAAAUGUUCUUUUGUCAUGUAAUCCAUAUAAAAAUAUUGAUAUUUUCCUUUUUGAACACUAAGUCUUCAAUAGCCAGUGUGUAUUUCACACUACAUGCCGCAAUUCCGAUGAGACACAUUUAAGUGCCCGAUAGUCACACAUGACUGGAGGCUGCUGUGCUGGGCAGCAGAGAUCUGGAGCUCAGAGCUGGGCGGCAGAGGUGGGGGAAGCUUUGGGCUUCCCAGAGGGUGGGGAACCUACAGGGACGGGCAGAGAGGAGCACAGAGAGGCCUUGCAAAGUGUGGAACAAGCACGGCAGUGCCCUUUUCAGGUGUAAUUUGAAACCUCUGGUUGGAGCUAGCUGCGGGCACAGCACGCUCAGGCUCGCACACAAGACGCACAAGCACCUCUAGGCUGACACUGGAAGUCAGUGUACUAGGAAAUCACACACAGAGGGGGUUUCAAGGGCAGAAAAGUGAGCACAGUAUUCCCUCCCCCGCCAAAACUCCCGUCUCCUCCUCCUGAAUUCAACCAGGCCCGGCCUGGUCACCCUUCCACUCUCCCCUGUUCGGAAGUUUUUUGGGGAUGUCAUGGAGAUGGAGAGGGGGUAAAGCUGUGGCCGAUGGCUGGCUGGGAGGGAGAACUGCAUGCAUGGGUACCACUCACCAGUGUGGCUGUUGGUCCCAGUCCAAAGCCAUGAUGCUCAUUUAGCAGGGAUACACGUCAGGCCCUUGGGUUAUGGUAAAAAUCCCCUCAUGUCAGUGAUGGCCUAGGGAGGCAGCUCAUGUGUGAGAUACCUCAGGGUUUCAGGUGACUCUGAGCUCCGAACAAAUCAACUGGGUCACACACCUGCUGUGGAAGAGUGGCUACUAACUGAGGCAACGGGGGAGGGUAGGGAUGUCCAGUGCCCAGGAGGAGGGGGCUCUGAGACAGGCAGGGUUAUGCAGAGGAGGUUCCUUGGAGAUGUUAGGUCCAGUUUAGGAUGGAGAAUGGUGUGUGUGUGUGUGUGUGUGUGUGUGUGUGUGUGUGAGUGAGUGACAGAGCUGCCUGCCUUCCCCUGGCUGUGGGGCUGUCACCUGUAGGAUAAGGAUGCUGAUAAGAGCGGGCACCCCUCACACCAUUGUGAAGUAGGUCCUGUGAUUGUUGCAGGCAAGAAAACAUGGCUCAGAGAGGCUAGGCAACUUCCCCAGGAUCACACAAUUAGUAAGUGGCAGAACUGGGACUUGAACUCAAGCCUCUCCACUCAAAUCCAUGCACUUGGCACCAGAUUAGCAUUUGCUGUGUACCUUCCUGGGGCAGAACCCAGAUGGAUGAGUUUCCAAGCAUGGUGUUCAACCAUAAAACGGAAGUAAUGAGCACCUAGCCUGGCAUCUUCUUCCCAGCCCCCGCCCUCUGGGCUGCGCUUGGAUUCUCAGCUAACCUCUGUCUCUUUUUCUUUGUCUGUGUCUGUCUGUCUCCCUCUCUCUCUGCCUCUCUUUGAGGAAGGAGGCUCCCCCCCUUCUCUUUCAUGCUCUGGAUGUGUGCCCCUAUGACGCUGGCCUUCGCCUCCUCUCUGUCUCUCUUUUCUCUUCAUGCCUCUGCCUCCCUCCCCAUGCCUACCCUGGUCUCUCUGCAGGACCCUCUGGUGGACAUGGUGGGGGGCUCUGGGGCCGGCCUUGCUGCUCACCUCACUCCUCGAUGCCUGGGCAGGGCUGGGCCCCGGGCAGGGCGAGCAGGCUGUGAUGGUGGCCAUGGUGUUCGGCAGCUCAGGGCCAUUGCAGGCCCAGGCCCAUACCCGCCUCAUCCCCCAGAGCUUCCUGGACCUGCUCCUAGAGAUCCAACCACUCACCGUGGGGGUCAACACCACCAACCCCAGCAGUCUUCUCACCCAGAUCUGCGGGCUGCUGGGCGCUGCCCGCGUCCAAGGCAUCGUCUCUGAGGGCAACGUCGGCACUGAGGCCGUGGCCCAGAUCCUGGAUGUCAUCUCCUCCCAGCCCCUUGUGCCUAUCCUCAGCAUCAGUGGGGGCUCUGCCGUGGUCCUCACCCCUAAAGUGCCUGUUCAGAAUCAUGUCCCCUCAUCCCUGGAGCCUGGAGCCAGGCUAGGGCUGGGGGAGUGGGGCUGAGUCUGGGCCAGGGAGACACUCAGGUCCUGGGAAGCUGGGAUUGGGUGGGAUCGGCAAGGAGGUGGGGGCUCAGGGAGACACGGGUGAGGGAGGAGAAGGCUGUGGGGAUGACGUUCCCAUGCUCUAGAGGAGAAACUUCCUGGGCUGCUUUGACAUUCAUGUCUGGAUGAGGGCUGGGCAGGUGGCAAACCCACCUUCGGUUCUGGGGGCAACCCUGGCCCACCUUCUCCCUGUUUCUCUCCUUCCUUGGUCAGGCUCCAGAUCCAGGGCAAAGGGCCAGGCUGGGACCUGACGUAGAUGACCGGCAGGGGAGGGCAUUCCUGGACAGGCACUGCCUGAGGCCUGGGGGCGGCAGGCCCUCGCAGAGCUGGCCGUCCUGUGGGGAGAAAGUUCCAAACACAUUCCUGCCCUCACAGCUGGGAUAAGCCUCCUGAAGGAAGAACACAGGAUGCCGUGCCACAAGGGAGUCUAAUGGGGCCCCCUGUGGGUUGGUGGUUGAUCAGAGAAAGUGCCUUAAGAAAUAUGUCUAAGCUGAGACCUGGGGGGUGAGGGAGGGUUGAUAAGGUGUGUGUGUGUGGUGGGGGGGGCUCCAGGUAGAGGGGGAAGGUGGCAGGUGGUGCGAAUGCCCAGCGGUGGGAAGGAGCUUGGGGUUUCUGAGGGACAGAGAGAAGCCUGCAGAAGGUGGUGGGGUCCCAACCACACAGGAAAAUAUUUGGAUUUUACCCUAAGUAACUGUGGAGCUGAGGAAGCUGUUGAGGGGAGAGACUGAUCUGAUUUGCAUUUCUUUUAUGAUUAUUUUUAUUGUAGGGAAUUUUGAGCAGACACAAAAGUAGACAAUUAUAAUAAUCCCAUGUGCCCCACCCACCCCUGGCUAAGCACGCCUCACCCUUACCCCCACCCACUUCCCCUCAUCUGUAUUAUUUUGAAGCAAAGCCCAGACAUAUUUAUAUCAUCCAUAAAUACUUCAGUACACAUCUCUAGAUGAUAGGGCUUUAAAAAUAAAACCACCAUACGUCAUCACAUUUAAAAAAUAAUAAAAAUUCCUUAUCCUCAUUUACAAAAAGGAUGUUUUUUACAUUUUUGAAAGGGUGUUCAAAAUAAAGAAAUCAAAGAAUAUACCUGAAAAGCCACUGAUAGGGAUCAAAGAAUACAUCCAUAAGUUAAAAUUACAUAUUUUAAUAUAACAAAAAUUGUGUCAAUUACCUGGUCAUAGUUUAAAUGUUGAAUUUCUGGCAUUUCUUUUGGCUUUGUAUCAAGCAUGUAAUCUCCUGUAAAGAGAAAUUGUAAAAUUGCCUUUUAGAAAUGUUUUCUUUCUAAUUAUGAAGGUAAUAUAUUUUAAUGAUAAAUUAUAGCAACAUGCGACAUACAAAAGUGACUCCUCAAUUCCAUUCAGAGAAAAUCAAUGUUAACUGUUAGUCACAGUCUCACAUAAAUUUUUCCAGUGUACAUCUUACAAUGCUUUGGAAUUUUUUCUUACCCUUUACAAUAUAUUUGAGCAUCUUGCCAUGUCACUACAAUAAAGCUCUAAAAGGUUUAACCAAGUUUCAUCAACAAGUAUAACUAUUACCUCCACACUUUUCCAAGAACAAGCGUUACCACUCUUCUAAAUGUCUGCCAUUCUUAGACAUAAACAAACUUCUCCUUACAUUAAAAAAACUGAUAUCUUAGCGAUUACCUGUGGAGAGAGGGAAGGGGGAGGGGCAACACAGGAGUAUGGAACAGAAAGAUACAAACAAUGAUAUACUGUAUAGCACUUGGAAUUAUAACCAUUAUCUUGUAAUAAUUUUUAACAGUAUAAUUUAUAAAAAUACUGAAUCACUAUACUGUAUAUCUAAAACUAAUAUAAUAUU